AUGUAUAGUGUAAUUCUGCCUACGGUUAACGAAGCCGAAAACAUUCCAUACGUAAUUGAAUUAAUUGUACAAACAUUUAAACAAUAUGAUUAUGAAUUCGAGAUAAUUGUGGUAGAUGAUGCUAGCACCGAUGGUACCAGCGAUACAGUUUGCAAUAUUCAAAAAUUAUGCCCAGAUUAUAAAAUCAGACUUUUGGAGAGGCCAAGUAAAUUAGGUCUUGGCACUGCAUAUUUUGAAGGAUUCAAAUUGACCAAGGGGAAAUUCAUCAUUGUUAUGGACGCCGACUUAUCACAUCACCCUAAAUACAUUCUAGAUAUGAUCAGAAAACAGAAGGAUACUGAUGCAGAUGUUGUUAGUUGCACCAGAUAUUCCGCAGGAGGUGGCGUAUCCGGUUGGUCUUUAACUCGAAUGGUAAUAUCCCGUAUGGCCAAUUUGCUAAUCAAAUUUAUAUUUUGGCCGAAAUUAACAGAUUUAACAGGAUCUUACAGGUUGUAUAAGAGGAAUGCAUUUGAGAAAUUGCUUGGCUCCGUUAAAUGCACUGGCUUUGGAUUUCAAAUGGAAGCGGCUGUAUUAUCUGAAAAGAAAUUCAAGUUUAACGUGGAACAAGUGCCAAUUGUUUUUAUUGAGAGGAUUUACGGUAAUUCAAAAUUGAGUCCAGGUGAAAUUUACAAAUUUUUACGGACAAUUGCUAAAAUUGUAUGUUCAAUAUGA